AAUAUAAGUGACACAAAAUACACAAACAAAUGCUUGUUUUAGAGUUUCAAUGAAAAUAUUAUGAAAAAUGGAGACGUGCACAACAGCGCGUUUUUCUAAUAAGCCAGAAUCCCGAACUGUUAGCACAAAUGGUACCGAAGUGUCUGAAGAAUACAAUGAAGAUAGCUUUGAGGAUUUCGAGCCCCGAGUUCCACAGCCAUCGUAUCGCAGUACAGCUUCAAGGGCUUACGGCUGUUGCAUUGCCAAAACGUACUACAGUGAAUAUGUCAAUCUGGUGGACAGUCUGCAUAUUGCGCCGCGAUUGAUAAUACAAAAGAAGCCCUUUCGAAAGAAUUCAACAUACGGCUUAAACAUAGCGAUUCGAAACACUGGACUGUAUCAACGUAAAAUCACGAUUACUACAGAUAGCCCCAGCGAUACCACAAUUGUGAUACCACAACCCGAAAUGAAUCGUUUUAUUGAGACAGACAAGAUACUCAAUGUGAAGAUCAACAUUCGUAGCAAAACGUCUAGGAACAUAAAUCGGCCACGUCACAUAUUUAUUCAUUCCUUUCAUCCGAACAUAACGUUUCAAGUGCCCAUAAUCGUCUUGAAAGAUAUGACCGAGCCGUUUGUUUGUGAGCACAUAACCCUGCCCCCUACCGUGCCGAGGGAUAGAUCGCAUUUUGAAUUAAUAAUGUACAAUCCAACCAAAGAUCCCAUAAACGUGAAAUACCGAAAUAGCUUUAAGGGAAUCACCCUGUAUCAUUUGGGUAAAAACAUGAUAGUGCCGCACGACUACCUUAAGCUAUUGAUCAAAUUUGACCCAAAGAAUCUGCAGGAAUACAAGGGCUUCUUCAAUGUUAAAUUUGGUGUGAGUCCACCCAAGCUGGUUAUCUUUAAGUAUGUGCCCAAGUCGAUGAACGUAUACAUAAACCGAGGGUACCUAUCGUUUGGCCUGAACAAAUUUGGCGAUGAAAUCCAGCGCACGAUAACCAUAUGCAACGAGAGCCCCCAUGCAGUCGUGAUGAACACCUCCUUCUAUUCCGCACCAAAAUCAGAAGAAGAAAAUUAUGAAACUGAGUCGGACGACAUAUCAGAACAUUCACAAAUAUCGGACAAGCUACUCGAGUCGGCCAUCAGCAUGCACAGCGUACUCCUCUAUGAUUUUGACGACGUGCGCCAAAGCACUAGUCUAUCAUAUUCGGAAUCGGCUGCCUCUCACUUUCGAAUGGAGGCACCGAAGGAACUGGAGUCGCUGGACUCAUACGAGAUUAUCGUCAUAUUCCGACCCGUCAGCGGUGAAGAGCCCUUUCCCGAAGACGAAGAGCCGCCAUUUCUGCAGCGCACCAAAAUCAAUUUCUGUUUCACGGACUUCAGCGAAUGCAUGCAAUCCCAUUAUAUAGUCGCCGAGGGGGAGAUCGCUGGCAUUGAGUUGGAGGUGUUUCCGAAAGUAAUUGACUUUCGUAAGAUCUAUUUGGGGGAGGAGCAUUGUGCCUUCAUCAAAAUCUUAAAUGUGGAUGGGGUAACUGCCAGAGUCAAGUACAAGGAUUGCCUGGAACCGGAAGACUGUGGAGUUCGUGUUACGCCCCCAGAGGGUUUCGUUUUGGAGCCAUGCGAUCGUGGCAUCUUUCAUGUAUCCUUCUUCACCAUUGUAUUGUCACGAUUCUUUGUGACGCUGCGUUUUAAGGUGGAAAACGGAGCGUAUUAUUCUGUUACCAUAAAGGGCAUUGGCCAACAUGUUCAGUUGCGCACAUUUCCACAACUUGUAGAAUUUGGCAGCAUACCCUUUGCUGUGCCCCAGAAACGCUUAAUGCUACUAAUGAAUCCUCUGGCCGUGCCCAUCACCAUGCAGGUGACUGCCACGGACGAUGGAUUAGAACAGCCUCUGGUCUUAAAUAUACGCGACUCCACCGAAAUGCUGCCCAUCACGAUACGCGAUCCCAUUAAACAUUUGCAACAAGUACACGAGGAUCUACGCGGCUCAAAUUAUGAUGUCGAUGAAAAAAUUGAGCUAUCCACCGUCGAGCCCGAUAUGUUAUCCGAGAAGUCACUCACGGUCAACGACUCCGUUUAUAGCUUUCAGUUCGAAGAGGAUAUCAUAGAGCCGGUUCCUGUAUUGGCUGCCCAUCUGCUGAAAAAUCUAAAGAGACAGAAGAUUUUUGACAAAUCGGAGACGGACAAGCGUGUCAUACACGAGGCUCUAACCAGUCUCUUGGAGACGAAUUACUUUGGCAUUAUGAAGAAGCAUAGCAGCUUCAUAUUCCUCGACUGGAAUGCCAUACCGAGUGAUCCCAAUGAGGUGUAUUGCGACAACGAGAUUAUCUAUCUGAGACCCAACACUGGACGCAGCAUUACCAUAUUGAUUAUACCGAAUCGCGUUGGCUACUUUCAUCGAUCGUUAAGCGUACGCAUCUGUCCGGCCACGCCUAUGGAAACAUCUGAAUCCACGGAGGAUCAGCAACUAAAGACGCUGAUCAAGUCGGAAUUCCUUUGCUCGAAGCUCUGGUUCGAGUACAACUGCUGCACGCCGGAGAUCACUUGGGAGAACUGUGUCGAUCUGACCGGUCGAGUUAUCUAUGCCGGCGAGGAGUAUUCGUUUGAUAUGGAAUUCUGGAACACGUCCAAAGUCGGCGGAUUUAUACACUAUGAUGUGGUUCCAAAGGAAAUGAAUUUUCGUGAUGGCAACUGGAAGUUCUACAUUGGGUCGAACUCGCAUGUGGUUGGCAAAUGUACGAUCACUUUUCGUGUGCUUGGCACAAACAAGCUCUCGGGUCUUCUACGAAUUGUCGGCGGUCCACAUCCCUAUCCAUUUCAUUUGUUUGCAAAUGUAUUGCCCACCGAAAUAUGCGUCACACCGAAAGCUGUGCACGUACGUCUGCAGGUUUUUGAGCUCAACAAAUUUCAUAUAUAUAUAGACAAUUGCUCGCCAACCAUAACAAUGCUCUCCAUGAAAUUGAAAGACAUCGAGUUUCAGCAUCUGACAACGCGCGGCGGCAAGUUGGCGCCCACUGGUCAGAGCAUGUACACGACCUUGGUGUCAAUGUUUCCCGAUCCAGAUCUAUAUACGAACACAUUAUAUAUAGAUUUGCAAUUUGACAAUGUCUUGGAAAUACCAAUUACCUUUCUGGUGGAGGGAGUGCCCAUUUACUUCGAACCCAACAUUAAAGAGGGCUUCGAUGCGGGUCUACUUUUUACGGACACCAAGGAAAACUUUUUGGCCAAUAUCUAUCGCUAUCGAUUUCCGGUGAAGCUGACCAAUCUGGGACAUCGCUCCUACCGCUUAAAUGUGACCCGGCUAACCACUUAUAACCCGGCCAAGAAGACGAGUGCCUGUGUCAACCAACCGCUGACGGCACGUUUCGAUCUACAGCCCAAGCUGCUAGAAGUGCCAGCCGAGGGUGUGGAGAACAUGGAGAUAAUGAUGACCAGCUACGAGGAGGGUCUCUACUACUGCGACUUCAUGAUGGUCGUAACGGAUAUGAAAUAUCCGCAGCGCAAACAAGUGAUACGCAUGACAGUUAAGGCGCAGUUUGGCGAAUGUCAAUUAACCUGGGAUCGCAAGCAGCUCAACUUCAAUUUUCAGCCCAAUGAUCCGCUCAAGGAGCGCUCACAGAUGCGCACAGCUAACCUUAUCAAUCUGGUCAACCUGCCCAUAGAUGAGGUACUCUUGGAGGUGGUGGGUCCAUUCCGCAUCAAAGAACUCUACGAGCACACGUUUGAGAGGCAAAUCCAAGUGCCUUUGAAGAGUCGCGAGGAAAAGGAGAUUUUCGUCAGCCUCAACAAGUCGACAAUGAAACAGAUCUUCUGCAAACUGGUCGAGGGUCGCAUCAAUGUCUAUGCUGUGGGCAAACAGCAUAAAUAUCUGUCGUUGCGGCUCACUGUGCUGGUGCCCGAAAUCAAUAUCAUACAGCCGGACCUGGUGCUUUUUGAUCGCGGUCGUCCGUUCAAUCAUAAUGUGGUUAUUAUCAAUCACGGCUGCACCACCGCCGAUUUCAAGUGGCGUCGCAUUGACGAAUCGGAGCAUUACAUUGGCGAUGAUAAUUCGGAAGAUGUGGUCGCCGAAGUGCUGUCCGAGAUCCUGCGCACGCUCGAAUACAAUUUCACCUGCGAGGAGGAGCCGAACAUGACGUUGCGCUAUCAGCAAUGUCGCUGUCAGUUCCGAAGCGAGCAACAAUAUGGCAGCCUCAUAUUGGAGAUCAUCGAUGAGAUCAUCAAUGAGCUCGAUCUCGGCCGUCGACGCUUCCAUAUACCCAUGAACGAUAUGUUGCCCGAGUCGCUCGACAACAGCGAUCGGCACAGCUCCACCAGCUUUGUUCAGCACACAAUCGAUCACAUUUUGGAUAGGCUGAACAUUGAAUCCAGCCAGCACCUGUCGGAGCCCUCCUCCGAAUACUGUUUCUCUGAUCGUUUUAUUUACUUCUACGAGAAGGUGGGCCAAGUCCAGAAAAUGGAUAAUCAGGAGUGCCUUCUACAUCUACCGCAUGUGCGUCGCUCCCAUGAGGUUAAGUCCGUUUUCCAGCUGGAUGUCAUUGGCGGGCGGAGCGAAUAUUUGUCGGUGACCCUUGUCAAUUUGGUACAGAAAAUCAAAUACCACAAGGACAAUAUCUAUCUGAAUAUCAGGCCCUGGUACGAGAUGUUUAAUACCGUUGUGCGCAUUUCCAAUGUGACCAAAUAUCCGCUGCAAUUGCUUUUAAUGGGACCAGCUAACAACGAGACGCGACUAAUCGAUGGCUAUGCCAAACUCAUGCAGGAGGAGGCGCUGUUUUUGGAGCCCCUGGGAGCGGGCAAGGUCAAAGUGUCCGGCAUUCUGGGCUUCAAUGAGAACUUUCUGCGCAUAUUCAGCGUGAUGAUCAACAAUAGUGCGUACAGCUUUUUCCGGCUGCGUGGCCAGGGCAUCAUGCCCGUCUUGAAUAUAACGACGCCGCUGCCCAAGGUGGAGCAGAGCAUUUCAGAGAUUUUGGAGGAAUACGAAUUCAUGCGUAAGAUAUACAAUUACGAGUUAUUCAAAAGCAUCACAGAGCAAGACAAAGAGCCGCCGGCCCUGAGCGAGGAGGAGGGCAUUCAGGAGGAUCGGCUGAGCAGCGAUUUUAGCGAGAUGUCCGAGAGCGAGGAGGAUAUGCCCAGCGAAAGGCAGCGCCAACAUGACAUACAGCUCUUUAAGAUGGUGAAAACCUAUGUGCUUGUCAAUAACAACCAGGAGCUGCCAAAUGCCGUGGUGCUCAAUCAGAUGCUCGUCACGGAGCGUUACAUACAUCGUUUGCGGAACAAUCCCGAUUUGUAUACGCUACAUCAGAAGGUCUACAAUAGCUAUGUGAACCAGACCCGGACCCAGGGAUAUAAGCUGCCUGUCAAUGUACGGCAUUUUACAGUCCAGCCGCUGCCCUGCGAGCAGCUGGCCUAUGUUCUCGAUCUAGGUCCGCUGACCCGGGACUCCCUGCGGCGUUUCGAAUUGCAUCUGCAUUUCUUUGGACCCGGCAAACUGAUAGCAGCCGCACGUACGGCCGUACGUAUUCCGGGGCUCUAUGUGGACUUUAAAGUGGAAAAUCAUCCCGACAAGAAGUUCACCUUCUGGGCCGAGAAGUGUACGGAGCCUGAGUUCUUUAACAAGGGCUAUCGCAACAUGUGGGAGCGUUUAUUGGACGCAGAUACGAAUCCCAAGUUGAAGCAUGCGCAUUCCUUUGAUUUCGACGCCUUUGUGCGGCAUCAGCGCGAUAUUACGGACAAGGAUCGUCGCAUGAUCGAGGAGUAUUACAAUAGCUUAAAUCUCUCCGUUUAUCCCGAUCACAAGCAUCACUUCACGCUGGCCAAGAUCCAUACGGCAAAUCUAUCCAAUUUCUCAGGCGUCGAUGUGCGCCUGAUUGGCUACUUUAAGCCCGAGUCCAAGUACUAUGAGCUCAAUCAGCGCAUUGUGGACUAUAUAUAUAUCGAUCUCCACAUGGGACCCACGCUGCCAAUUCUGCUGCGGGGCGUGAUCACGGCUUAAGUUAGCGGAAAUAUUCUUUAUUUGAAAUCUGACAAUGUUUAGUAUUUAAAUGUUAUGUGCAUGAAUAAAAAAAAAACAACAAGCGCCAAAGAGGGCGUCAGCAAUA